UACAUUCAUGACCGAAUAAAAAUUCCAAAACUUCAGUUGUAAGUUUCCGAGAGCAAUUGGAGCCGACUCGAUUGAGGCAAGUGAGGAGGGUGGGUAACAGGAAACAGAGAUGGAGGGCGGAGAUGAGGGGGUGGUGAAGGUUCCGGACUCGAAGGAUCUCCAGCAGCAGAGUAAAGCCCUCGACAAGCUCACCGAUCGCGUUGAGGAUCGACAGCUCGAUUCCACUCGAGUCCAAGAGGCUAUGGCAGCUCUUACAUCCUCUAAAGAAGCUGAUUGGAAUGCAAUGAGAAUGAGGGAGAAGGAGCUUGCUGCUGUGAAGAUUAAUCCAACGGAUGUGGACAUAAUUGCUAAUGAGUUAGAGCUGGAUAAGAAGGUGGCUGAGAGAACUCUUCGCGAGCACAAAGGCGAUGCCGUUGCUGCAAUCCGCCACUUGCUUCGAUGAAUUAAUUAAAAAAAAAAUUCCUUUUUGUCUAGUUUUUGGACCACCGGGGCACCAUCUCAUACACAAUUUAAAACUUUAAAUUUAAAAUUUUAAAUGGUGUUUCCACUCAAUUUUUUCUUUUGUUGUCCAUUGUCUUAAGAUAUCAUCAAGUUAACCGAAUCUAUGGAUCAACUUUGCAUUUGGGGAUCAUUUUUUUUUAA